CGUCCGCACAUGGACGGAGAGGCAGCAGAAGCUCCGCCACAGCUCGGCUCCCUCCGCCCUCCUCCUCCAGCUAUUCGCCAGGCAGCUCAGACGACAGACAGCGGACCGCUCGUCGCCCUGCUGCUGCGCGGAGCUCCACUCUCCCUCCGAGCCGAACCCCGGCGCCGUUUUCACCGUGUGCGAGCACCUCCGCGGAGCGUCGUUCUCCAGCUGCCCUUCAACGCAUAUGGAGAAAAUGGCCAGACCUCUUCCAAUAAACCCAACUUUCCUGCCGCCGACUCACGGCGUGCUGAAAUCCCUGCUGGAAAACCCCCUGAAGCUGCCUUUCCACCACGAUGAAGGAUUUGGGAAGGACAAGGAGAAGGAGAAGAAGUUGGACGACGAGAGCAGCGCGGCCAGCCACCCACAGUCAGCCUUCCUCGGUCCGACCCUUUGGGACAAGACCCUGCCCUACGAUGGAGACAACUUUCAGCUGGAGUACAUGGACCUGGAGGAGUUCCUGUCAGAGAACGGCAUCCCCGCCAACACAGCCCAGAGCGACCAGGCCCCGCAGACGGCGCCGCCGCCGCAGGCCCCGCUGCAGCAGGCUCCGCCCACCACCCCGCCCACCCCCUCCGUAGUGGACCUCAGCAGCCGAGCCACCACCUCGGUCCACACAGGCAUGGCGCCUCAGACCUGUCUCCAAAGCCCCAGCACAGCAGCACUGCCCUCAGCCCGGGACACACCCAGCCCCAUCGACCCAGAGUCAAUUCAGGUGCCCGUGACCUACGACCCUGACCCCGCAGACCUGGCCCUGUCCAGCGUGCCCGGACAGGAAAUGUUCGACCCCAGGAAACGCAAGUUCUCCGCCGAGGAGCUGAAGCCGCAGCCUAUGAUCAAGAAAGCUCGCAAGGUCUUCAUCCCCGAGGACCUGAAGGAUGAUAAGUACUGGGCCCGGCGCAGAAAGAACAACGUGGCGGCCAAGCGGUCACGGGACGCUCGGCGGCUGAAGGAGAACCAGAUCGCCAUCCGAGCGUCCUUCCUGGAGAAAGAGAACGCCGCCCUCCGCAUAGAGGUCGCCGAUUUGAGGAAGGAGCUGGGCCGCUGCAAAAACGUUGUGGCAAAAUACGAAGCGCGACACGGGCCCCUGUGAGACCCCCCCCCUCAAUCACCACCACCAAACCCUUCCUACGCCCUCAUUACUAGCCCAACCCACCUUCCCUAAAGCUUUGACGAACUUUGUGUCUAUUUUGGUGGCACUGCCAACCCCCACCCACCUCCCAUCUCACCUCCCAUCUACACAACCUCUAGAUUCUGGUAUUAUAAUGGUCAUUAGACAUCUAUCAUGAGCUUCAAUUUGUCUUUUCCUACUUUUUUUUCUUUGUACAUCAUCUGACAUAAUAUAUAUCCAUAUAAAUAGAUUACAACACAUAUUUACACAUGCAUACUUCCCACUUUAAUGUACUGUGAGGAGUUAUGAGCCAACCCACCAGCUGACAACCCCCCCCCCCCCCCCCCCCCCCCCCCCCCCCCCCCUUCGUCCCUCUACCUUCCACCUUUGAGAAACGACACCAUGCUGAUUGUUAUUCACUUUCAUACCGAUUUUAUACGUGAGAUCAGGACUGAGAAACGGUGACCUGUUCCACCUUCUUCUUCUUCUUCUGUGGUAAACGUGCCGUGUCGAAGAGCCUGCUCCCCUCCGACCUCGCUUUUUCUCCCUCUUUGUUUUUCUGUACAGUUAAAGUGAGGUUCGUCUUUCUUCUCUAUCAGCAACAUUGUCGUCUUAACUGCCCCUCGGCUGAACUUGUGCUGUAUUUAAGAUGUCUGACCCCCCGGCGCUCCUAACACAGGCCUGCUGGAGCUUCUCUGCUCUACAGCUGGUUUUGAUAGCACUUAAAUUGAUCCUUUUUCCUGUGCAAUCAUGGCAGAAGUUUGCCGUUUAUGAACCAUGGUUCCGGUUUUUGUUCAUCACCCGGACACUGAGCAAUAAUUCCUGUCCACAGUUUGAACUGACAUGACUACCUACAUGUUGCUCCACCCACUCUGGUCUCCCUCCUCUGGCAGUACACUACCUAGCCUCCACUCUCACCAUAGCUGAUGACUAAGAUAACCUUAGUUAACCUCUGCACUAAAGCGUGUGUCACAAUCUGAUCCGGUGCAAUGUUUCCACUCUCUACAACUUUCUCCGCCUCAUAUUUAUCAACCUUUUAUUUCUCAGAUGGAAGAUUGUUGUUUUCAUACACAUAUAUAAUGUAUAUGUCAUAUAUAUUAUAUAGGUGUGUAAUAUCUGUUGAUAUAACUGUUAGUAUUACUACUAAUCCUUACAUUGUUGUUAGCAUCCUAUUCGUUUUCAGAUUUAAGCAUGUUUUCUUUCACAGAAUGAAAAGCUUUUUUGCAAAACUCAAUUUCUUGCAAAGUUGUUGAUAAUUAUACUAUAUUUUUUCUUCUGUUUAACUUAGCAUGAUCAAUAUGCGUGUUUUCAUUUUAGGAAUCAUUACAGAUGUCUGUAGUCUCUCUGUGUAGCUCUGUGUUCGCCUUCUUUUUCAAGAUGGCUGUAUGAAUGUAAAAGGUGUUGAUAACAAAAAGUUGGAUGGUGUUGUCCAAUACUGUGGUUAACCCAAUUGAUUUGUUUACUACAGACCAAACAAUUCACAACAGAGAUGAUAUAUUGGUUACAAGAGAUAUGUUUAUAUAAACCUAUUCUAUAAGUUUUUCUUCUUUUUGUACAGUAUUUUUCCUAUACAUUACUAAGCUAUGUGUUUUGAAGGCACAGCAGAUUCAGAGUAAGGUGUAUAACUCAGACACGACAAAUGCAAAUAGUGGUAUUUUGAUAUUCUGUAUUAGCUAGGAUGUGCUAGUAUUACAGAGAUUUGUGGAUAUUCAGCAGCAGCCAAACCUUUCGGGCAUUAUUGUUAUUAAUAAUAAUAACAUUACUAUUAUUAUUGUGACACUUCUUCUUAUGUUGGUGCCACUGUUUGGCUCCCAUGUCAAUCCCAUUAAAUAGAGAGCAAGCAGAUGAGACAAAAUGCAGUCCAGAAGAAUGUAUCAUUACGCCCUUUUUUAAAAUCCACCACUCCUUGUCGACGGGAAACUGUUCAUCGUUCCACCCUGUAAUGACACGUGCAGCCACAGGCUUAUGGCUUUCUUUGUGGUUCAUAUUCUAACUUUUUGAGGCUUUUCAUAACUGCGCAGUUUGUGAGUCUGGUUUGUUUCUGGUCUGAUUUGAUGGGAUGAAGUUACUAUGAAGGAAGGGAAAUCUAUGGCUGGUUCUAGCUGGUUAGUUCUGCUGCUUUCUCUCUGUUCCUUCAGCUAAUGCAGUUGUUGCCUCUCCCUGAACCUGAGUGAUGGACACUGGGAAGCUUUUACUUGUUAUUAUGUGUAAUGAAGGCUGACAGUGAAGUCCCUAUACAUUUUGCUGUGCUGUAGUGUCUACCUGUGUUCUGCAAAGUCUUUUGCAAUCACUCAGACUAUUACUGGAGGAUGAUUUUAGGGUUUGACAUGGAAUGAACGUUUAGAGCAGCCACGAAUGACCGUAAAUAACCUAAAAUAUAUGUCCAGCAUUUUUUGGGAAAUAAAUUAUUUUCGUUUUUGCUGAGUGUGAUUAAACCUAUUGUCGUAUACGUGCACGGAAAACACAGUUACGACCACGUUGCUGUGCAAAAAACAAAAUGUAAACAUUCGUUUCAAUAUAUGUUCAUGUAUCCUUUAAAACCAUAAAUUUAACACAUAAACAUGCAACUGAUGCCUGAGGGAGUUCAGGCAGUGAAAGUGAACUCUCUAGCAUUGUCCUAAACUAAAAGUCACACGUUUAAAGUUUGGCAACAAGUGACCCUUGAUUUUAGCUUGUUUAGCGUCUAAUUUUAUCAAGUUAAUUAAUACACGGAAAAUAUGGUUUUAAAGCUGGACAGCCCUGAACAACAGUCAGAAAAAAAAUCAGCCCAAUAAAACAACCAACGGAGACUUUGGUCUAAUCCCAGACUUGGCUGAAUAUUAACAAAAGGAUCCAAAGGUGUAUACAAUAUUUAGUUUUUCUUUUUUAAAUUCUAACUGACCUUUUUCUAACAACAAAGUAUUUUUGCACAUUAGAGGAUGUUUCUCAUUUUAUAUCCUAAUAGACACUUACAUGUGAACAGGUUUUUGUAGAGAGAAGUAAAGACAGGAACGAUGCCUCCACAAUCUGUAGAGCAUGUUUUUUUAAUCAUUUAUAUUUACCGACAGGAAUAAGCCAAUAAUUAACCCACGUGUCCCGAAAUUACCUCACUGUCAAGUGAUUUCACUACCUCACCCGGAAAUGUCAACCAUAAUUCUAGUCUAUUCCAGUGCCUUGAAUACACUGACUGUUCCCCAGUCUCUCAGCAAUGUAAAGUUUUCAUAGCAGCACCACUCUGAUAAGUCCAGAUCUGCACUAAAGGGCUUCUUAGUGCAUCUAAAAUCUAUAUAUUGUAUACACUGACAUCUCUUCAUUUCUGACUUUUUGCAUUGCAACAGACUUGUAACCAUUGUAUUCAUGGCAACACCAACGGACUGUUUCAGAGUGUAUAAAAAUACAAGCUAAAGGAUUAUUCGGUCUUGUUUGUCAUGGAAUGGAUGCAUAACACUUCUUUGUGCUGUUCAGCCCUGAGCCUCUCCGUCUCUCUGUAAUUUGUAGCGUCUAAUAAAAAAAACAAAUUAUGA